GGCUGAAACUGGCUGGGCUGAGAGGCGUGAGUACCGGACCUGGGAGAUGCGAAGCCAGGUGAUCGGGGUGGAGGAAACCCAGGAGCACCGAGAAGCGCAGCAGCACCGCUAACAGCAGGACCAGCUCGUCGCACUGUGCCUGGUGCUGUGCCGCGCAUGGCUGGCACGGUGCUCGGCGUGGGGCCGGGUGUGUUCAUCCUCGCCCUGCUCUGGGUGUUGGUGCUGCUGCUGUGUGCCCUGCUGUCCAGAGCCUCAGGGGCAGCGAGGUUCUCUGCCGUUUUCGUGUUCCUCGGUGCUCUGAUCAUCACAGCCGUUCUGUUGCUUUUCCCUCGAGCCAGUGACGCCCCAGCCCCCGAGGCAGAGGUGAAGAUUGUAGAUGCCUUUUUCAUUGGCCGCUAUGUCCUGCUGGCUUUCCUCACUGCCGCCUUCCUUGGAAGCCUUUUCUUGGUUCUAAUCCAUCACAUCCUGGAGCCAAUCUAUGCCAAACCACUGCGGUCCUACUGAGUCGUCUUCAGGAAAACCAAGACCUUGUUCUCCCCCGCGCUUUGAUGUCACUGGUGAGCAGCAAGGUACUGUUCAGAGCUUUGUGUUGACAGCCUUCCUGCCUUAAGAUCAGAGGAUCAUCUCUUCAUCACGAAGACAAAUCCGUUGAGUCCUGGCUUCCAGAAACAGGAUUGCAGAAUUGCCCCCGAGGAAAGAUUUCUCACCAGCUUAAGGGGGAUAUCACUGUCUUCUCAGCACCUGUACCUCAGGUUUUCCACCUCUUUUGAAAAGGAAAUAGCAACAGCGAUCUGCUUAGGUUUUUCAGUCAAGACAUCAGCAAGUGAAUUUUGAGAAAAAGGGUACUUUAGCUUCUCCUGUCCAACGGAUGGAAGAACUUGGUCCUUUUUGAUAAUAGGUGAAAUACUUAAUUUCAAGGUCAAGAUCAUUUGGGAAAGAAAGGCCCUCCAAGUUCAUAAGAUUAUUUUAAUGUGGUGACUUGGAGACAUGUAUCAGAUGCCAGCUAUGCAGCACUCUGCAUGUCACACCACGAGGCUCCACAAAGGCCUUGGUGUCACUUUCCGCUGCCUUGAGAAAGCAGUCAACAGCAGUCAGAGGACUGCCUUUCACCUCGAACUCCUGGGCACAGCUUCCUGAAUCUAGCAUUUCAAUAGUUCAGGUUCAUGGGGGGAUUAGAGGCAGAGUUUGGAAACAUCAGCUGUGUGUCCUGCGGCUCUCUCUAGAUGCUUCUCCCAGUAUUUGGUGGUCUUUGUUCCUUUAUUUAGUGUAAGUGUCCAUGUUGAGUUACUGUCAUCUCUUUCAUCUUUGUAGCUCUUUCUCCAAAGCUGAUAAGGAAUGUCUAUCCCCAGGCUUAGAUAAAACUUUAUACGUAAGUUCCCAGACCAAGUGAAAUCUGUCAUUAAAUGGUGGGUGGGGGCGAGUAGCUCUAGGCUGUUUCCACUUUGGGAGUCAACCUGGCACCCAAAAACUAUUUGAGGGACCUUCUGGCUGAAAAUUAAGAACCAGAAAACAAGUUGGAAAAAGAACUUUGGUAGAGUACAUGCUAUGUGCCAGUACUGCACAAGUCUUUUUUUUCCCCCCCUCCACAAAUGUAAAUGACAAGCCUGUGUGUUAAGGGCAAAAAUAAACUUUUGUACAAAGGGUAUUUUAACUCGGCCUGCCUUCUGUAGAUCCCAUAACUACUGGCCGUGGUGAAGUGAAUGAUGGAUCACUUUAUAUCUUUAUGCUCAAAACAAUCAUGUCCAACCCUUAAGGAAAAAAAAAAAAAAACAAACCCCACAGGAAUGGGAUAAGAAAUAGAAGGCUGAGAGAGCACAAAAUCACAAAAUGAAUUUUGCUAAUUUCUAUGGGGGGGGGGACCCUGAUAAUCAAUGGUUAAUAUGGUACCCCUUGUGCUCAGGCCUUCCUGGAGACAGAGCUUAGAGGGUGUCCCUUAAAUACAAACAGAAAUCAUCUCAGGGUUGCCAUUCGUUGUUCUUUGAUCAAUGGCCUCAGCACAGGUUGUGCUACCCAGAGGGAAUCCUGUGGUAAAGAAACUGGUGAUCCCACUGUUUGGGAGGUGGGAGGAGAGCAAGUCAGGGCUUCUAUGUAAGAAAACAGGUUAUUUCAGUUCAGUUCAAUUCAGUCACUCCGUUGUAUCUGACUCUUUUGUGACCCCAUGGACUGCAGCAUAGCCUCUUAAAAUUGUAUCCUGACCAAGACUACUUCAGGACAUUACCCUCUACUGAUCCACUAGGUGGCGCUGUCUCAAGCUGGCAGAAUACACUAGGUAAUUUUUUGACAAGUUCUUUCUGUGUCUCAUAAAAUAGAAGUAAAGCUA